GAAUUGCGUUUGUUCGUGCGGUCUAUUCUGAACGAAAAGUGUUGACUGAAUCUUCAGAGCACAGCAAUUUUCCAUGAUGAUCAGAUUAAGCAUAGUGACGCUAAUUUUAGCCACCUUCCUUGGUGACACAUAUGCUGGCGAUCCGACGCAGACCUAUAGGUGCCCCGCCAACACGCUGGUCGACACCUUCUUUGUGCUGGGUACUACAGGAGACUAUCAGAGUGAUGACUGGAAGAACGUGUUCAAGUUUACAAUUGACGUCAUCAAGCAGUUCCAACUGGGACCAGGCAAUGCCAGGUUUGGAGUGGCAACCUACAAGAACAAUGUCGUAGGGCUGCUUGACCUCUGGAACACACCCAACGCUACAAAUAUUGAAAAGGUCCUCAAGCCCAGAUUAGACCUGAAUGUUAACAAUGUUACCACCAAAGCCUUGGGAGCGUUGAAUGUUAAAAACAUGUUUACUACCAAGGUAAACAACCGCGCAUCUGCAAAGCAAAAUGUCGUCCUGAUUACAGACUUAAAGUUAUCGGCUCUAAAACAAACUCUAAAACAGGCUGAGGCCAUCAAGAACAAAGGCAAACAAAUUACAGCCAUUUGGAUCGGGGACCAAUUUACCGCGGACGACUACAAGAUCGUGGGUCCCGCUUUUAACGCUGUGCUGACCAUCUAUUCGUUUGACCAACUUGCUGGACUACUGAACAACAUCGUCCACAGCCUCUGUGAAGGGCUUGGUCAAUAAAUUUGAGCCACCAAUGCUCGCCACUGUUAGACAAGAUAUUCUAAAAUGUUACAGUCAAACAUAAAUGAAACCAAGUUCUCCAAUUUAUAAUAACAUUUUUAAUGGAAGGCAACUUUUAUUCGAAAAGUAGUUUUACGUCAAAAAGACAUUUAAUUAUAAUUUAAGCUAUUCCAUUGCUAAGAAAAAAAAUUAUAUGA